GAAAAGAUUGACAUUGACAACAAAUGUGGAUCAGGGAAUACACAAUAUGGCCUGGCGCAACGAUGGACAGAUGGCGCACAAAUGAUUGUCGAAGACAACACACAGCGAAUACAGUCUAAUAUGGAAGCCUGUCAGUCGGUGACUCCAAUUAAACUGUCAACGAUAUACCACCCCCACUGGCAGACUGUGCCACUUUACCGUGACUUGGUCUCCGAAUAAGCAUUUGCAUGACGCAUAUUCGAGUCCUAUCAGAGUGUAACGGACGGUUUACGAGACUAGGACAAGGUGCCACCAAGGUUGAACACUGGUUGAACAUCAACCUGCAAGACGUUAAUAUUGCCAGUGCAACGUAAUGUGAUCGAAGGCUGUCCUGCAACCUGCUCCAAGCCGUCGGCAAAAGUCGAAACGUGCGGCGAGCCCAUACCGUCAUCGGUCGAAGUCGAAACGUACGGCAAACACCCCUUCAACAUUAGGUGAUGCUCCAUAUGUCGGAUGCGCUGAAACCGAAGCUGGACUUCCUGUAUGGUACGACUGCCAUACAAAAACGCAAGUCGCAAAGUGCCUAUGAACGGAUCUUCUGACUCUUCCCCUCAUCAAUCCACAGACAAUGCCGAUUCUACUGUCGUGCGCGCAGGGACGAAACGUAGGAUAGAUGCUCUUGAACAACAAGUUGAAGCAUUCAAGCACGGAAUACAAAAACGAACAGUGGACACAGCUUCCUGGGCUAGUCAAGGCCGCGGCAUUCGACGUUUAGUUACCUAAUUUGAUGCUGUGUGCGACGUAGUUGCUGCCUAUGAUCGCAGGGAUGACGGUGACGACGGUGAAGACAGUAGUAACUUCGGAGAUUCUCAGAAUUACACGGAGGAUGAGACUCGCCUUUACAAUGGGUUCAAGGAACUUAUGUUUUAUGUUCCUUCUCUCAAGAAAAAAUUGAGUGAGAUGCCCAUGAACAAUAGGGAGCUGACUUCUGUAUAUAAACAGGCGAGUCUUAUAUUUUUUUGUUAGCGUUGUUCCUGAUAUUCAAGUUUACUAUAUCAAGCUUACGAAGGGGGCAGAUGGUGCUCGUGGGGAUGAUGCGAGAAAAAUGAAACCAGCUGUGGUUUUGUGGCUAUCAGAGCUAUUCCCAACAACAUCAUCGCAUUCCCCUCUUGAUACAGUUGACAAAAAUGGACGGGGUUUUGCUCAUAAUCUCACCGGAUACCUACUAUGUCCCUGUGAGUAUGACUGGAAUGACAACAGCGUCAAAGAACAGAUCCGAGAUCGACACCCCAAGUUUCUCGUCACGGCCAUGAGCUGGCCUAGGUUCCUUUAUUCAAAAUACACCAAUGAUCCUGAAGACCUAGAGAAAGGAUUUCUACAAGGCACGUUACUUUUGAAGGCGUACAAAUUUGUCUUUACUUCACCAACGUCGGCACGUGAUGUCAAGGAUGAAGAGCGUGAUCCUCCUCCUCUUCACAAACGAACAAAACGUUUAAACCAAAUUCGCACAAGAGGACAUGUAGCGUCGCUACUCGGAAUGCAUUCUGUAAUGCCUCGUUCUAUCGCGUACAUAGCUGUCCAGUUACGGUUUGCCCUCUCGAAUGUGGGAUCAUGGCGAUCAGACGACGGUGAUUUUGAUUAUAUUUUAUUUUAAAACAAUAUCGUCGACUUCUUCGAGAGUCCACCUGGUCCUACAGCCGUCGCAGAAGUCGAGAAUCUCUUGCUGUGGUGGAAUAGGAAAGUCUUCGGUCCUUCACAAGCUGCCAUGUAUAGUCCACAAGCUGUUGAAGGCACGUCAGUCGCUCGACUAGCUGCUCAACGUGCCGCUCGAGAAUGUCGAGCUGGGAACCAAGGAGUCUCUUAACUACUGUAUCAUUUUAUUUACUAGAUGCACAUUGUUCUAAAUAAGCAAGGUAUAAUAUUGUCACCUCUUUCUCUGGGAGUCGUGAUCGUCCGUAACUGUACCACAUUUUUGUGCCUCGACAGAAGUCUUGCAAAGCCUCAACAUUAUGUGUUUGCAUGGGCCACACAAAUAAUCAUUUCGUCGCUUUAUCACUAAUGAUCGGGUGUUUCACUAUCUUACAAGCCAAUGUAAUUAUCCCUGAUAUUCCUCGUGUUGUUGAAUAUGCACGAUACAAGCUAGUAGUUGCGAAGAACAUUAUCGUGCUUUUGCUGUAUGCUUUUCAUACUGCUUCUAAAACAACAUGUUUCUACUUCUGCGAAUGUAUGUAAUGUCUACGAUUUUUCCUUGUGUCUUCCCCAUGCAUCUGCCAUUUUACAAAUAAACAGUAGGUUGAAAUA